UCAAAUGCAAGCGAUCGCUUAUGUCAAAAAUUGAAACUGACAAUUCUCUUUGUGACAGCUGACUGACAGUUUUCGCCACUCGUCAUCAGCCGAUUGUUAACCUUAGUCGAUUGAUAUUUUUGCAUUUUUAUACUGCAAUGGGCAGAAAAUGUGAAGUGAUUUCCUGUGCCAGUAAUGAUAACAAAAACUGUGGAAAAUCGUUCUAUAAGUUACCGACCUGCGAAAAUAUCUGCUAUGAAUGGGUGAAAUUUUGUAAGUCUGCUUAUUUAGAGCAAUUAUUUUACAGCUAUGGACCCACAGCAUUGAAUCAGAAAAAAAUGUGUUCAGACCACUUCGGACUAGACUCACUGCGUGAUCCUUCCCGAAAAGACAAAGGGUACGUCAUCAUUCAUUAUGCGAUAUAAAAAAUUUGCUUACAUUUACACAUUCUACACUAAAAGCCGGCUCAAUACCAACACCGACAGAUAACCCAACAAACGCAAUUCAACGGUACAUGUCCGACGGUCACCAAGUUGCCUUAGAUCAACGAGAAGAUUUCUUCGAAUACGAGUAUCUUGACGAAUUAACGAUACUGAGAGGCGACGAUGAAUAUGUCGUGUAUGAAAGCUAUUUAGUAGACAAUACUUUAGAGGAUCGGAGGUCAAGCUAUGAGGUGGAUUUGUGCGAGCCGAUCGUAGAAGGCAACAGUGCCCUCCACGACGAUUUUAUUAAUUAUCCAAUGGAAGAGCUCCCGAUACCAAGCGAAACAAACCCAGUCGUUAUUCUUGAAAUAACACCAACAACACUGGAGGAAAUUGAUGUAGAAGAAAUCAGUAACCUGGACAAUUUCGAUCAGAUCUGUGAAGUGAGUCCGUCCUCUGGAAACGACGAAGAAAAUAUUCAAAGCUUGAACUUUAGAUAUCAAUACGAACAGGAAAAAGAGAUGCGAAAACUAUUGGAACUAGAAGUGAGGCAACUCAAACUAGAUUUACGAAUAAGUAAACGCACCAGUGCUAGGCGGGCACAGACUGUACGUAAAAGCAAAGAAACUAUUCGUAUGUACAAACGUUGUAUUAAAACUCUUCGUCAAAACACCAUGACCGACAAUAAGUUAUUGAACAAGUUGAAACAGAAUCCAGUACUGUAUAACAGCUUGGGUAACCUAGGCUUUACUCCUAAGAAGAGAAGAUAUAAUCAGCACGCAAAAAAAUUUGCACUAUCUACCUAUCUGUGCGGUCCACGAGUAUAUCGCAUGAUACAACUAUCAAAAGUGUUGUGUCUGCCUUCGAAACGCACAAUUAAACGGUGGACACAGGCUGUGAAAAUGCGCCCAGGAUUGAAUCAGAUCAUUUUACAGCGCAUGAAAUCGGAGGUUGAAUGUUGGUCUAGACUAGAGAGGAUAGUUGUAAUAGCAAUUGACGGAAUGAAGAUUAAAUCAUCUUUAAGUUAUUCUGCAAAGAAUGAUUUUUGUUACGGUUUCCCGGACUCCGGAUAUGAGCGAAAAGUCGAAAAGAACAAUCCACAGCAGCUCGCUUCAGAAGCUGUGGUCGUCAUGGUUAGAGGGCUGUAUAAAAAAUUUAAGCAAGGUCUAGGAUAUUUCCUAACACAACACUUUGGGAGCCGAUGAACAGCUAAAAAUAAAAACUGCUUCAAUACAAAGCUUAAGAGACAUUGGACUGGUUCCUCUGGUUCUCG